AUGAGCGAGGUGUGUGUCCGGGUGGCGGUUCGUAUCCGUCCCCUGUUGCCCAAAGAAGUGCUGCACAACCACCAGGUGUGUGUGCGGGGGGUGCCGGGCUCUGCACAGGUGAUGCUCGGCUCAGACCGACUCUUCUCCUUCGACCACGCGUUUGGACCGACAGCCAGCCACGAUGAGGUGUACGAGUCCUGCGUCCAGCCCCUGGUGGAGUCCUUGAUCGACGGCUACAAUGCCACCGUCUUCUGUUAUGGACAAACAGGGUCAGGGAAGACAUACACACUCGGAGGGGGAAACCUGGAUGAAGAGGGAGGAAUUAUUGACCGUGUGGCCCAGGAUGUGUUCUUGUUGCUGGGAGACAAGAGGAAGAACAGUGAUGGCAUGGAAGCCACAUUGCGGGUCUCAUAUAUGGAGCUGUAUCGGGAAGAACUGCGAGAUCUGCUGGAGCUGCACACCAUUCACAAAGAGCUUCACAUCAGAGAAGAUGACAGGGGAAACACAGUGGUGGUGGGAGCCAAAGAGAUGGUUGUCACCUCAGCAGAGGAGCUACUAAAUGUUGUAGAGAUGGGCAACGCUCUGCGCCACACUGGCACCACAGGGAUGAACGAGCGCUCCAGUCGCUCUCACGCCAUCCUCACCCUUCAGCUUAUCCAAUGUUGCCACAACAAAAACUCCUUAAAAUCCGUCCGCUCUUCCAAACUCUGUCUGGUUGACUUAGCAGGCUCAGAGCGUGCUGGAAAAACUGGGAACACCGGGACGCGGCUCAAGGAAUCUGUUCAUAUCAACACAGGCCUGCUCGCGCUGGGCAAUGUCAUCCGGGCCCUCUCUGACCCUGCUCGACAUCGCCGUGGUAACAGCUGCAAUAGUGCACACAUACCGUACCGCGACGCAAAGAUAACCCGUCUCCUCCGUGAUUCACUGGGCGGCACCGCCCAUACGCUGAUGGUGGCAUGUGUGAGCCCCUCCCACCACAGUGUAGCUGAGACUCUGAGUGUUCUGCAGUUUGCAUCCAAGGCUCGUCACAUUCGUAACCGUCCUGGAGCAGUAUCCACUCACACAGAGGUUAAAUCAUGUCCUACAAGCUGGGACCCUGGUGAGGCUCGACUGGGCGAGCUUGAGUAUGAAGUACAGACACUGAGAGAGCUACUGAAAGAGAAGGAGAGAGAGAUGGUGAUGGAAAGAGAGAGGUCAGGUGGAGGCAUACCUGGAGAGGGGGGCAGCUUCAAACAGCUCAGCCAGAUGGGGAUAUCUGAUCCAGAUAAGAAGGGGAACUUAGAAGAACCAUCACACUACCGCCUUCUGGCACAGGAAGCUGCAGCUCUGCUUGCAGAGAUCCCUGAUCACACUCCAAGUUAUUCUUUCAGGCAGCGAAUGCAGGAUUGGCAGGAGAGACUGGCAGCUGUCAAUCUCUCACAUCAAGCUGAUGAUAAGGACUGUUCAGAGGGGAGUGGAGACCAAGCCACCCACCAUGUUGCCACAUUAAAGCUCACAGAAGAACUCAAAAAUUGCAAGGAAGCGCUUACCGCAGAGCAACGUUUACUGCAGCAGAAGGAUGCAGAGCUGAGACGGCUCCAAAAAGAAAUAGAGACACUUCUUCAAGAGAGCAAAACCCACCUUCAGGCCUUGGCAGAAGAAAAGGAACGUAAUCGUAUACAGACUGAACAACUUGUGGACCAGCAGAUCCUCAUCAGUCGUCUUCGCAGCGACCUCAUGACCUUUCAGGGUGCAACCUCAGUGGUAGAAGCCGGGGCUUCUGGGAACUCCGGCAAGAGACCCCACAGUGUCCCUCUGCUCAGACACAGCUGUGGACACGGGCCUACCAGGAGGAUCCACUCCAGUCCCCCAGCCUACUCACUGGAGAGGGUGAUGGCAGCCUUCAAGAUGCGUAGUCAUCUCCUGCUGGCUGAGAUUGAGGAAAAAGAUGAGGUGUACUGUCCGUUCAUAAAGGCAGAGAGCAAAGACAUGGAUCAAGAGAAGGAGGAGGAGGAGGAGAAGGAUAUCUCUGUGAGCAGAAUGGGAUUUAGGCGUUCUUUAAAUCGAACGUGGACCAGCCGGCAGAAGAAAUCAGCUCUGAAAGAGAAGAACUCUGGACUAGACCAAACAUCUAAUGGAAAUCCAUUGGUACAACAGCCUCAGCAUGCCACAGGGACCAAAGAAAACAAUGCCAAUCAAAGCUAUAUGAUGAAGGCGAGACUCAGAGCCAGUAUUACUGACAGAAGGAUCCGAGAUCUGUCAGUCAACAUGCGCAUGAAAGAGGAGCUCAUCAAAGAGCUCAACAAAACUGAUAAGGAGACCCAAGCAGUGGACAGACAUUGCAGGCACAGUGUUGAUGGCAGACAAGCUGGCGUGUUGGCAAGACUUUCCAUGCAGAGCCAGCAGGUCCAAGCAGAGGUGUACCACAGCCUGCAGCACAUGAGACUGCAGAGAGCACAGCUUCAGAACAGCCUCAGGCAGCAGAGAGAGACCAGUGAUGACAGAGAUCUUCAUCAAAACAGGGAGCAAAGAGCAGGAGAUGUGACUGUGUGCAAAAGCUAUCAGCAGGAAGAGUCAAAAGAAAAGCUGCGUGACAGUAGUUGGCUAGAGGUGGAGGAGGAGCGGGUGCUCCAGAGGAGAGCAGAGCUGCAGGAGCUGGAGGAGGAGCUGAGGAGGAAAGAGGAAGUGCUCCUGCGUAGGGAGGCCUGUCUGCAGCAGAAAAACAAACUGGAGAUGAAGAUGCUACGCUCCAGUCAGGCUCUGAGUCAGGACCUGCUGAAUGUGUCGGUGCGGUUGGAGUCUUUGGAGGAGCAGCUGCAGAGCAGCAGCAGUGUGAGGCACACUGAAGGAGUCACCAUAGAGGAGCUGGAGGAAGAGAGGGACACGCUUAAAAAGAGGAGAGACGCUCUGGACGCUCAGCUGAAGGACAACAGAGUGCUCAAUGUAGAGGAGGAGCAUACCCUGCUCCAGCUGGAGGAAGCUAUUGAAGCUCUGGAUGCAGCUGUGGAGUUUAAGACCCGCUCCAUCCAGGACAAACAGAGGAAGUUGUUCAUCACAGACUCUUCUUCACAUCAGUCACAAAACACUGAACCCGCCCAGCACUGUGAUGUCAUCAGGAAGCUGAAAGAGCUCACAACACCUGAGGCUUUGGAGCUGCUUGUCAGAUAUUUCAACAAAGUUGUUUGUCUUCGCGAGGCAGAGCACCAUUUACGUUUGCGAUGUGAAGAACUAGAGCUUCAUGCUGGAGAGCGAGAGGUGGUGCUGAGGCAGCUGGAGGUCGCCAUGCAGCGCCUGGCCCUGGAUGCAGACCGCAGGCUUACCCAGCAGCACAGAGAUCACCAGAACAAUAUCCAGCUACUGCUGCAGAAACUUAAAGAAAGUGGUUCAGGAGAGGCACAGCAGGAUCUCCAAGACAGAUUGCAGCAUCUGGAGAAAGAGCUGUUUUUCUACAAAAGCUCCAGCCGGCAGCUUAAAAAGAAACUCAAAGAGCAUCUCAGUGACACACUGCGGCCUGUCGAUCAUCCCUCACACACACAGAAGCACAUACAAACACACAAUAUGCAGAUAUGCACAAGUGCAAACAAAUCCCAGACACACACUGAAGAGGUACAGAAAAGGACACAUAUUGCAACAUCAUACACAAUGAUACACGCUGAGCAAACAGACAAAAAUACACACAGUGAUUCUCAUAUGAAGGGGCAUGUGCACCAAACCCCCUGCCCCUCCUCAACCUCUGACCUCCUAACACACAGAAAGACAGAAAUGCCUCAAUACAACCAGAUACACACACAGUCGCAGGGGGGACUUGAAAGAGGGGCUGGUCAUUCCGGGGAGAGUUUAGAGAUGACACCAGUCCGUUUGUGUCGCAGAGAGCUGAGACAGAUCUCUCCAGCUGACCUGCAGGUCUGUGGUUCUGUCACAAGGAGGCGCCAGUCCGUUGUGGAUACCAGCACAGAAUCAAUACUAGAGGAUUCCAUAGAAGUGCCCAGAAACACUGACAGGUGA